GCCGAGCGUGUGUGAGAGGAGAGAGAGCGGGAUACGGCGGAGACACGUCACCGGGGAUAUCGUUCUACCGAGCGGCAACGAGGGAGCCCCACCCCCGCUUCUCUCUUCCCCACUCCCCCGGGCAGGUGAUGCCGGGCCGGGCUGGCCGCCGGGCUGUAUGAGCGGGACACGGUGCGGCCAGCAUGGUGCGGGAGACCAGGCACCUCUGGGUGGGGAACCUGCCUGAGAACGUGCGGGACGACAAGAUCAUCGAGCACUUCAAACGAUAUGGACGCGUGGAGAGUGUCAAAAUUUUGCCUAAAAGGGGAUCCGAUGGCGGCGUGGCAGCAUUUGUGGAUUUUGUGGAUAUUAAAAGUGCACAGAAGGCGCACAAUGCUGUCAAUAAAAUGGGGGACCGUGACCUCCGGACGGAUUAUAACGAACCGGGCACCAUUCCAGGAGCUGCCCGGGUUUUGGAUGAGACAGUUUCCAUAACGUCUCGUAGUAGAGAGGUUUCUGGGUUCAGAGGAGGUGGCGGGGGGCCGGCUUACGGUCCCCCGCAAUCACUCCAUGCACGGGAAGGACGUUAUGAACGGAGACUCGAUGGGGCUUCUGAGACACGGGAGCGGUCAUAUGACCAUAGUGCCUAUGGACACCAGGAACGCGGGACUGCCGGAUUUGAACGGACACGACAUUACGAUCAGGAUUACUAUAGAGAACCUCGCGACCGGACCUUACAACAUGGAGUAUUCUAUAAUUCUCGCAGGAGCCCGAGCCGCUUUGACACUCACGAAUCUCGAUACGAGUCUAGGACCCGGGAGCCGUUUACAUUGCCUAGCGUGGUACACAGGGAUAUUUACAGGAACGACAUUACCAGGGAGGUACGAGGGAGGCGGCCCGAUCGGACCUACCAGCAUAGCCGGAGUCGCUCGCCCCAUUCAUCCCAGUCUAGGAACCAGUCCCCUCAGAGGCUGGCCAGCCAAGCGUCACGGCCCGCCAGGUCACCCAGCGGCAGCGGCUCUAGGAGUAGAUCGUCUAGUAGUGACUCCCUCAGCAGCAGCAGUAGCACAAGCAGUGACAGCAGUGAUUCCAGCAGUACGUCAAGCGAUGAAUCUCCCGCCAGGUCGGUACAGUCGGCCGCAGUUCCCGCGCCUCCGGUCCAGCCGCUCCUCUCCCUGGACAAGGAUGAACCACGCAAAAGUUUCGGGAUCAAAGUCCAAAAUCUCCCCGUGCGUUCUACAGAUACAAGCCUUAAAGAUGGCCUCUUCCACGAGUUUAAGAAGUAUGGAAAGGUGACGUCGGUGCAGAUACACGGGGUGUCCGAGGAGCGCUAUGGUCUGGUCUUCUUCAGGCAGCAGGAAGAUCAGGAGAAAGCACUUAACGCGUCAAAGGGCAAGCUGUUCUUCGGCAUGCAGAUAGAAGUCACAGCCUGGGUCGGCCCGGAAACGGAAAGCGAGAAUGAAUUUCGGCCUCUGGAUGAGAGAAUAGAUGAAUUUCACCCCAAGGCCACACGGACCCUCUUCAUCGGUAACUUGGAGAAAACCACCACGCACCUCGACCUGCACAACGUAUUCCAGCGCUUCGGAGAGAUUGUGGAUAUUGAUGUGAAGAAGCUGAAUGGGGUUCCACAGUACGCUUUUCUGCAGUACAGCGAUAUCACCAGUGUCUGCAAAGCCAUUAAGAAGAUGGAUGGAGAGUACCUGGGGAACAACCGGUUGAAGCUGGGAUUUGGGAAAAGCAUGCCCACAAACUGUGUGUGGAUUGAUGGCUUGUCCUCCAGCGUCACCGAGCAGUAUUUAACACGACAUUUUAGCCGUUACGGACCCGUACUGAAGGUGGUGUACGACCGCUUUAAAGGCAUGGCCCUGAUUCUCUACAGUGAGAUUGAAUUUGCCCAGGCAGCUGUAAAAGAGACCAAGGGGAGGAAGAUUGGUGGGAAUACCGUUAAGGUGGAUUUUGCCAACCAGGAAAGUCAGUUGGCUUUCUACGGCUCAAUGGAAUCAUCGGGACAAGAUAUACGGGAUAUCUAUGAAAUCAUAUCAGAGAGAAGAAGUGACGAUACUCGAAGAGGAUCCUACCAUGAGUUUACCUCCACCGAGAGGACAUAUUACGACAGCACCCGCACACCCGGCACAUACACUGAGGAGACAAGGCGAGAAUACCCGGCCCGGAGCAGAGAGUUCCUCCAAGAAUGGGAGUCCUACCAAGGAGAUUACUAUGAACAGCGUUACUACGACGAAUCAAGAGAAUACAGAGACUACAGGGAUCCAUAUGAACAGGAUAUACGGGAAUAUAGUUACCGACAGCGGGAAAGGGAGCGAGAGCGGGAGCGAUUUGAGACGGACCGAGAGAGGGAUCCUGAACGGAGGCAGACAGAGCGAAGCCAAAGCCCGGCAAGAUCAAGAAGACCUCAAAGUCCGGCAGGAUCCCCUUCGCAAUCCGAGCGGAUUACAAGCGACCCGGAGCGCAGGAUCUAUAGCCGGUCCUCCGAUCGCAGCGGUAGCUGUAGUUCCGUUUCUCCUUCCAGAUUUGAUAAGCUGGACAAAGCCCGUGCCGAGCGCUACAUCAAAAGCGAGAAACCCGACAAGGAGCAUGCAUUUGAUUCCGAGAGACCCGAUAAAGAGAAGCGCCCUCUGAGGAAAGAAAGGACUGACAAACCUGAAAAAGAUAAAGCGGAUAGAACCAAGCGAAAGUCCAAGAACCAUUCAGCGAGCUCGCAGUCUUCAGAAACGGAUCCAGAUAAUGAAAAGGAGCCAAGUCUGGAGAAGCAGAAAGGUAGCAGCAAGCUGCAGGCCAGAGAGAAGAACGACAAAGACCCUGCAUCCAAAAACCGCUUGGAUCUCAUGCCUUGUGUGGUACUGACCCGUGUGAAUGAGAAGGAAGCCAAGGUUUUUGAUCCAGCCGUUUUAGAAAAAGCCCCCAAAACGAAGGCAGACAGCGAGUCCAUGAAGUCUCCUCCGCUGGAUCAGAAGGCCCAGGUGAUACGUCUCGAGCAGUCCAAGUUUGAACAGAUGAAAGCCGAGUCGAGAAGUAAAGUGCCAAAAGACAAACUGCUCUCCAGCCACGUGGAAGUUGUCGAUAAAGAAAGCAAACAGAAACUAAAGAAGCACUUAAAGCCAGAAACGCCCACCGAAGGCGCAUCUGCCGCAGACCUGGACAAGCUGGAAGCCCGAAAAAGGCGGUUCGCCGAUGCAAAUUUAAAGUGCGACCGGCAGAAACUCGACCGCCGAAACAACGCCGACGAGGACGACCUUCGGUUGAGCUCGAGGAAACAAUUGGAUCCCGCAUCUUCCAGAGAAUUCUCCGUGCCCCGGGAAGGGGAUUUCGAUAGGAAAGGCUCAAGGAAAGAACUUUUAAAAAGGGAAAGUAGAAAAAGCAAAUCUGAAAGACUUUUUAGUAUCAGUAGCCCUAAGGACAGCCAAGACCACAGCCUUUCAAUGCGCUCCAACUCUGAGCUUCAGUUGCGUUUAGGAGAGCCAGUAGAAGAACAGUUUGACUCCCCCGAUGCCUCCAGUAAAAAUAUGAACUUCUUGAAGAGCCUUCAGAGACAUGUGCAAAUGGGGGAAGAUUUGGACAAAGAUGCCUCGAAAGAUGAUCGAAAAGCCUACUCCAACCUCUUGAGAGAAAGCAUGGGCUUGGAGAGGUCAGAGACCGAAGAAAAGCUUCCACUCGAUAUAGAUUACACGCAGAGCUACCGGAAACAGAUGGAACAAAACCGCAAACUGAAGCAGCAGAUGGAGCUGGAGAUCCUCAAGUCGGAAAAGUUUGGCAGUCCCAACAAAGAAACCGAGGAGUACGAAAGACGGAGCCUGGUGCACGAAGUCGGGAAGCCACCGCAGGACGUCACGGACGAUUCUCCGCCUAGUAAAAAAAAAAAGGCUGACCACUCGGAGUUCGAAGUCACCAAGCCCGAAAGACAUUACAGAAGUUCCCGACAGAUAAGCGACGAAUCGGAAAGAACUUCCUGUUCGCCGGGCAUGCGCGCUUUUACGUUCAACGAGGAGGACUUUACCAUCGGCUCACCAAGGCUAAUGCCAAUCAAAGAGUGUCCUCAAGUGGACGAUAAGAACAUGUAUCCCAACGUGGGCCUCAAAGACGAACCUUACAAAUUGAUACCCAACGACUCCCUCAAGAAGGAGCACGUUGGCGAUUUUGCCAAAACUAAAUUUACCGCUGUGAGCCCCGAAGAGGAGUACGGCAGGUGGGAUAGCCAAAUGAAACCGGAGAGCAACAGAAUGGACAUUAGCUUUCCCAGCAACAUUAUAAAAAGAGAAGGCAUCCGAAAACGCUCCAAGGACCUGGAACCUGGGGAGGUUCCCUCAGACUCCGAUGAAGACAGUGAUCAAAAAUCUGUCUCGCCCAAAUUGUCUUCAAUGCUAGAUGGGUCGCGAUUUCCUUCUUCUUUUUUACUGCGGGACGGAGAGGACAAGCGAGAAAAUCAGGAGAGGCUGUCUGGUUCUUUAGAAAGACACCGCUUCUUGGAUAAGACCAUCACCCCUGACACGAAAGCCUUGCUUGAAAGAGCCAAAUCGCUUUCUUCAUCGCGGGAAGAGAAUUGGUCCUUUUUGGAAUGGGACUCCAAGCUCGCCAGCUUCCGCAGCAAUAAAGAGAGGGAGAAAGUCGAUUCCGCACCGAGGCCCAUACCAUCCUGGUACAUGAAAAAGAAAAAGAUCAGGACCGAUUCCGAUGGCAAGUCGGACGAUAAAAAAGAUGACCACAAGGAGGAAGAGCAGGAAAAGCAAGAGCUGUUUGCCUCUCGGUUCCUUCACAGUUCCAUCUUCGAACAGGACUCGAAGCGUUUGCAACACCUGGAGAGGAAAGACGAGGAUGCCGACCUGAGCGUCCUACGUCCCUACGGGAGACCGCUCUCUUCAGACGGCAUCGGCAGCGUCUCGGAUCUCGUGCAGGAACCAGUCGUUCUCUUCCACAGUCGAUUCAUUGAGCUGACGAGGAUGCAGCAGAAAGAGAAGGAAAAAGAGCAAAGGCCGAAAGAGCAAGAAAAGCCUGAAGAAAAGGAAAUGCAGCCAAAGACACCCGAGGCUGUUCCUGAGAUCAAAGAGAGGGAGAUGAAGUCACCCGUGUCUAUUGUGCCAAUGCCAGCACCACUUCCCCAGCCAGAACCUGUAGUCCUUCCUCCCGAAAAAAUAGUUGCUGCUGAGAAAACGCCAUCACCACCUACUAUUCCAGCAGUGGAAGAGAAGCCAGCUGAGCCCUGUGAGCCAGUUGCUGAGGAAACUUGUUCUCCAAAAGUUGUUGCCCCAGUUACCCCUCCUAUUGCUGUCCAUCCACCAACCCCAGUGGAAACCGUUCAAGCUGUUGAUGAGACACAUGAGACUCCUGCUGUCCCUCCGGUUCCUGAGGAGCAACCGGCUGGGGAACAUACUACAUUCCUGGAUGCGAAGCCACCGACACCUGGUGCUUCCUUUUCAGAAGUCAGUGCUGAUCCCGUCACGGAGAUCAAACCUGUGACACCCACAACUCCCCCUUCCAAGGCUGACGGCAAGGUCGAAGAAGUUGAGGCCUUUGAAGAAAGCGCCCCAGUCUUCACAGGUACAGACACGGAUGUAUGUGAAAAGAACGAAGCUGUUCCAGAGGAAGCGGAGCCAUUGAUUUCUGAAAAUGAUUUGGAAGUGGAGGCUCCUAUCGCAGUAAAGAACAAGAAAACAUCCAAAGGCAAGAGAUCAAGUGCCGCAGAUAAACCAGCAACAAGGAAAAGCGUCAGAAUCGACCGGGAGAAACGCAAUCGCUCAGCGUCCCCUCGUGUUGAUCCCCCAAAGCAUUCGGAAGCUAAAGUUGAACACGACAGGAGCUCAAGGAGUUCAGCCAAGUCCCCAAGCGCGGUUCCAGAACCUGAAGUUUCAGAGCUAAGUCUGCCCGUGUCUCGAACACGCAGAAACGUCAGAUCCGUCUAUGCCACCACGGGCGAUAACGAUGGACCUUCAGGUAAAGAAUCUGGCGACGCUCCUCGUUCUACUCGGAAGAGACAAGAGAGAGAUGUUCAGGAGACUCCAGCUGCUGUGCCCAGCACGCCAAGGAGAGGGCGGCCACCCAAAGUCCGCAAGAAAGCUGUUGGGGAUGUGUCCCCUAUUAAAGCCGAGGUCAUUAAACAAGAUCUAGAAGAUGGUGAAAGCAAAGAGGUGGUGGUGGAGAAUGCAAAACCAACGGAAGGAUGGCGAUCUCCUCGCUCUCAGAGGUCCUCGCAGAGCCAUUCUCCAGUGUCUAGCAACCAUCAGUGUAAAAAGGGUAAAGGGGACUCUGUACCACAGUCAGUGGAGUGCUCGGGAGAACCGAAUGAAGAAUGUCCUGAAACCGCCGGAGCUGCCACCGAAGAGGAGUGCAAGCCGAAACUGGCCAAAGAAGAAAUCACCGAAGAGAAACCCGAUUCAAAAGAUGUAGAGAUGGAUAAAAUCCCCGUAGAGAGCCCUACUACCGACGCGGCAGAGAAGAAAGUCUCUUUGGAAAAAGCCCCAAAGCCAAAAUCUGGAAAACUUAAAUAUACAAAUCCCCUUCCGCGCAUGAAAAAUGUAGAGAUUCGCCUGAAUGCCGAUGAGGUGAAGGGUGCGCUCAGACCAAAUGAAGACGGAGAGCCGGUGGUGGUGGUGGUAUCGCCUGUCAAAAUCAAAAGCCCCCCAAAGGAAGAGAACGUAUCUCCGCCUUUUACAAAGCCGGAAGAAGCUUGUUUUCCAGAAACGCCGGAGAAAGAUUCUGCAAAAGAUCCCAAAAUAUCUCCUGAAGAGGCCCAGCUGGCGCGACAGAUGGAACUCGAACAGGCUGUGGAAAACAUCGAGAAAAUCACCGAAACGUCCACCACUCCGUCUUAUAAAGACCCCCAAGGAGGAGACGCGGCAGAAGCUCGGGCGGAAGAGGACGGUGAUAAACCAGCGCACCAGGCCAACGAGACGGAACUGGCAGCGGCCAUUGGCUCCAUCAUUUAUGACAUUUCCGCAGAUGCCGAAAGCUUUCCUCCAGCCCCACCAUAUCCACCUGAAGGAGAAGCCGAGGCGACACCUGACCCUGCUGCUGCUGCCGCCGCGCCAGCCGCUCCUCUGCCGCCGGAUGACUCUGAGACCAACCAGUCAGUCAAUCUCCUGUUACAGGAUAACCACACCCCUAAAUCUGAAGUCGCCCCGCCUACUCCUGUUCCCUCAUCUCAGACGGAACCUGUAGUAGACAAGAAACCAAAAGCGAGUGUUCGCGAGUCUCCGAGUAAUGUCAGAGAACCGGAGCGUUUGCCGGAAACGGAGUCGAUCCCGAAGAGGACUCGCGGUCGGGCAGCAUCCAAGAAAAAACGAAGAGCUAGCAGAAAGAGCGAGACGGUGGACAGCAAAUCUCCCAGAGCGGAGGAGAAGGUCUCGGAGGAAGGGCAGAAGGAGCAGCCCGGGGAAACCCCUGCGGUGCCCAGCCCCGAGAAGCCGAAUCUGGACACGAGCCUGAACUCCUCCUCCGACGCAGUCUCCAAAGACGGCGAGGAAGAAUUUAAAGAGGAAGACCGGCCCGAGUCUGCCAACGCUUGCGACUCAUCCCAGCAGCUGAUCAUCGACGACGUCAGUCAGGGCAGUUUCAAACUUCGCUCCAGUACUGAAAAUGCCCCAGUGACUCCUCCCAGCGUCACCACGCCUCCAGUCGUGCCGGCGACCCCAGCAAAGACUGCCCCGUCCGCCCCGGUCCCGCAUUCGGCACCGGCCACCAUACCUGACUGGAUGGCAAGGCAUGACGAAAACGCGACCAUUUCCACCCCACCGCCUGCUUUACCCCCGGACACCAAGGCCUCCGAUGUCGAUACCAGUUCAAGCACCUUAAGGAAGAUAUUAAUGGAGCCAAAAUAUGUGUCGUCGCCCAUUAAUACUCCCAGUGUCGUCACCGCUGCCAUCUCCGAGCCUGUGUCCACGUCGCACGUGGAAGAACCCGCUCACCCUCCGGUCGAAGCAAGCAAGCCAGUUUCAGAAGAGAAAUCGGCAGUCCCUCUUACCAACACGGUAGUCCCAGCACCAGCAGCCGAGGCCCCCGUUUUUCAGGAGAAGGCCGCCAUCGUGACCCCCAAGGCUACCUCCGUCAUCAGCAGAAUGCCACACAGCUUCGAUCACGAUGAUUUGCCCAGGAUCACGUUGGCGAAACAUUCCGCGCUGCACCAGCCGGCUCCGCCGUGCAUCCCGUCUCAGAAGAGCAAGCAGAGGCAGAACACCAACGACAGCCGCGGGGGCUGCUUGAAGCAGACGAUGACCGUUCUAGAAGAUCGGCCCGCAGAAACCGGGCCCAGCCCCGGCCUGAGGGUGAACACCUCGCAGGGGGUGAUGCUUCUCAGUUACUCGGGGCAGAAGACGGAGGGCCCUCAGCGGAUAAGCGCAAAAAUCAGCCAGAUCCCUCCCGCCAGCGCCGUGGACAUCGAGAUCCAACAGUCCGUGUCCAAGACGCAGGUUAAACAGGAACCGCUUCAGCCGUCUCAGAUCAUGCCGAAAGGAGGGCAGGCCCCGGCGGGUUACCAGCCCUACAAUGCGUCCCCUGUCAUCUCUACCAUCAAAGCGGAACGUUCUUGCAUGGAGAAGGCCGAAUCGAGUCACAUUGCCGUUUCUAAUGCUUCCUCGCAGCCCGCCGCGGUCAAAGUGCUGACCUCGAAUUCUGCCCCGGUGCUCAUGCACAGUCAGAUGCUUUCGGGUCAGAUUGUUUCUUCUGGGAAGAAAAUCUCCGAUAUGAAGGCGGAAUCCAAAGGCCAUCAGUCUGCCAAUAUGAGCCCUCACCACUCGUCGCUGUCGGGAAAGAUGCAGCCGGAAGCCAAUCAUGUGGGCUCCGCGUCCGGUACGCCGGCUGACCGGUCGCUAACGCAUCUCAACAUUAAACAAGAGCCUCAUUCCCCCUGCACCACCGGACACUCCUCUCCCUUCUCCAGAUCCUGUCACCCGGGUGUUACCGCUUCUCCUGCCUUAACUAGCAACCCAUCUGUGAUGCUGGGCCCUGGGCUACCGGUGCCACCUUACAUGCCCAGCAUGCACCCGGAACAGACGGUCAUCAUGCCUCCGCAUAGUGUCACUCAGUCACUGAGCCACCUGCCGCAGGGGGAUGUCCGAAUCAACACCCCGCCGCUGCCAGCGAUGCAGUACAGCAUGCGACCAGAAGCGCACCACUCGCCUCGAGCAGCUAUGGAUGUGCGACCUCAACGAUCCAACACCCCUCAGCCAGCACCUCUCCGAGAGAUGGUAAUGCCCGCGUUGCCUUCCCAACACAGUGCCGACGAGGACAUUCACUACCACCAUCCUGUAAGCCGGGGCCCGUCCCACGUUCAGUCCGAUGUGAUGGUGAUGCAACCUGAAUAUCGCAUGCCGGGGAGUGGAAUGCGGCUCGACCCCUACAGCGUCCCCCAGGACGUCAUAAUGCCACGCGAUGUCCGUAUGAUGAUGCACUCUCAUUUGUCCGCCGUGGGAGACCACCACCAGGAGACCAGGCAGUCCCGGACGCCCGAGGGCCCGGGGAAGACGCCUCCGGCCAGUAAAACGCCGCAGCCGGUAAAGGAUUUGGCCAAACAGCCCGAUGUGAAGUUGCCGCAUUCGCAACACAAUGACGCCAGAAUGCUGAGUGGACUGAACUUGUCGCAGCCGGUGGUGGUUCCGCAUGGCGUGCCGCUCAUUCACCAAUCGGGGAGCUCGUUCCAUGACUAUCGCCCGGUGUACACGGAUAUUCGCACUUAUCACCCCGCUGCCCAACUCUCCCACCCGCAAUACUCACAGCAGAUCCAUUAUCUCCAUGAAGCCCUGUGAUGAGUCGGCCCUGAUGGUGAGCAUUCGCAUUCAAACCCCCCGGGAGGAGGACGCAGCAAAACGCCGCAAGUCAGCCAGGACCCCAAGGCAGCGCAGUCAUCUGUUGGUGAGCAGGCUCACCACGCAGCGAUCAGCAGACACCCCGGCCAAAUGGAGUCUCACAUCCAGCACCUCCAGAGGGCGUCUGUGGACACGUCACGGGAGACUUCCUACCCAUCGCCUGUUACCAUCAGCCUGAAACAGGACCUACCUUCCCCUCACCAGUCCCAGAAACAGACCCCCUUCAUGUCCUCCUCUGCCGCUACCCUCUCCAGAUCUGAAGUCCCCAAACAAGAGCCUCACCAGAGAUCGGUGGACAUGGUGCAGCUUCUAACGAAAUACCCCAUAGUGUGGCAAGGUCUGCUGGCUCUGAAGAACGACACUGCUGCUGUCCAGCUGCACUUUGUAUCUGGGAAUAAUGUCUUGGCUCAUCGGUCUCUGCCCGCCCCCGAGGGAGGACCUCCCCUGAGGAUCGCUCAGCGUAUGAGGCUGGAGGCCACUCAGCUGGAGGGAGUCGCCCGCCGCAUGAUGGUGGAGAGCGACUACUGCCUGCUACUCGCACUUCCGUGUGGCCGCGAUCAGGAGGACGUGGUGAAUCAGACCGAGUCGCUGAAAGCCGCCUUCAUCACCUACCUACAGGCGAAGCAGGCAGCGGGCAUCAUCAACGUGCCCAACCCCGGAUCCAACCAGCCGGCGUACGUCCUCCAGAUUUUCCCCCCCUGCCAGUAUUUUAUUUUUUUGUUUUCGUUUUGCAGACGCCUCUUAAUUUAUGGAAUCGACUUCCCCCUCCCCCCAUUCUGGAGUUUUUACGGGGUCUGUGGGGCGGACAUGUUCGUCCCGCUGCAAGCUCCGCCCUCGUACCUGCAGGCGGGGUCUGUGGCGGACAUGUUGUUCCCGCUGCAAGCUCCGCCCUCGUACCUGCCAGCGGAGGUCUGUUUGUGGCGGCCAUGUUCUGAUGAAUGUCAGUCCUUCCUGCUGCAAGCUCCGCCCUCAUGUACCCGCUGGUGGGGGUCUGUCUGUGGCAGCCAUGUCCUUCCUGCUGCAAGCUCCGCCCUCAUGUACCUGCCGGCAGGGUCUGUCUGUGGCAGCCAUGUUCUUCCUGCUGCAAGCUCCACCCUCAUGACCGCUGGUGGGGGUCUGUCUGUGGCAGCCAUGUCCUUCCUGCUGCAAGCUCCGCCCUCAUGUACCUGCCGGCAGGGUCUGUCUGUGGCAGCCAUGUUCUUCCUGCUGCAAGCUCCGCCCUCAUGUACCCGCUGGUGGGGGUCUGUCUGUGGCAGCCAUGUCCUUCCUGCUGCAAGCUCCGCCCUCAUGUACCUGCCGGCAGGGUCUGUCUGUGGCAGCCAUGUUCUUCCUGCUGCAAGCUCCGCCCUCAUGUACCUGCCGGCGGGGUCUGUCUGUGGCGGCCAUGUCCUUCCUGCUGCAAGCUCCGCCCUCAUGUACCUGCCGGCAGGGUCUGUCUGUGGCAGCCAUGUUCUUCCUGCUGCAAGCUCCGCCCUCAUGUACCCGCUGGUGCGGUGUAUGUCUGUGGCGGCCAUGUUCUUCCUGCUGCAAGCUCCGCCCUCAUGUACCCGCUGGUGA